AUGUCAGAUAAUUCUCAAUCAGAAAAGAGACCAAAACCUUCAAAGGCUCAUGUCCCAGAUCGGUUCAGGGAUUAUGUGAAUCCUUUCAAUGGUGAAACUUGGACUAUCUAUACUGUUGCUUACGAUUUAGUACUUGGAAUCUUUGAUAUUUUAUUUACUAUUUUUUUCAGGGAAGUGAAAGUCCGGGGUAGCCAAUAUGUACCACCAAAUGGUACACCAACAAUCCUAGUUUGUGCUCCUCAUGCAAACCAAUUUAUUGAUCCUAGUUUAGUAAUGUUAAAGACAAGACAGUUGCAUAAAGGUAGAGGUAGACAAACUUGUUUCAUUACUGCUCAAAAGAGUCUGCAGACUAAUAAAGUGGUGGGACUCUUUGGAAGUUGUGUAGGUGGAAUUCCUGUCCCUAGAAUUCAAGAUAAUUUGGUUGCUGUUGAUAAAAAUAUUGAAAUAUAUGCUCCUGAUAUUGAAAGUAAUCCUAAAUUGAUUAAAGGCCGUUGUAAAGAUGGUAAAUCUCCAGAUUUUACCAAGAGAUUUACCGUUAAAUCAUUAAUUGGAUUACCAUACUAUCUAGGUAAUUGCCAAAUUGCUGAAAUUAUUGAUGAUGAAACGUUAUUAAUGUCUAAUUCUUUUAAAAGUGAAAACCCAAAGAUUAAGAAAUUGUUAAUUAAUGGUUGUAAUUUCAAAUAUGCUGAAAAAAUUGAUAAUUCAAAGACUUAUCAAAAUGUAUUUGACCAUUUACAUACUAAUGGUUGUGUUGGGAUCUUCCCCGAGGGAGGUUCUCAUGAUCGUCCCUCUUUAUUACCAAUUAAAGCAGGUGUCGUCAUUAUGGCAUUAGGUGCAGUGGCAGCUGAUCCAUCUAUGAAAGUUCAUGUCGUACCAUGUGGGUUACAUUACUUCCAUAGAGAAAAAUUUAGAUCUAGAGCUGUUAUUGAAUAUGGUGAACCUAUCAUUGUAGAUGGUGAACUUGGUAGACAAUAUGUUGAAUCUCCUCGUGAUACAGUAUCGAAAUUAUUAGAUAGAGUCACUGAUUCAUUAUUUUCAGUUACAGAGAAUGCUCCAGAUUACGAUACUUUGAUGACUAUUCAAGCAGCAAGAAGGUUAUAUCAACCAACAAAUCAUAGAUUUUCUUUACCUUUAGUUGUAGAGAUUAAUAGAAGAUUAUUAGUGGGUUAUAAGAAAUAUAAGGAUGAUUCUCGUAUUAUUAACUUGAAGAAAAUGGUACAGAAAUAUAAUGAAGAACUAUUUUCCAUGGGUUUAAAGGAUCAUCAAGUUCAAGAUCUCAGAACUAGUUUCCUUGGUGGUGUUAAGAGUCUAUUUAUCUUAAUUACAAGAGUUUGUCGUCUUUUGGUAUUAUAUGGUAUGUCUAUUCCUGGGGUUAUUUUAUUUUCACCAAUAUUCAUAAUAUCAUCAAGAGUCUCCAAGAAAAAGGCUAAACAGGGGUUGAAAAAGUCUUUAGUCAAGAUUAAAGGUACGGAUAUUAUUGCUACAUGGAAAAUGAUUGUUGCUUUAGUGUUAGCACCAAUCCUAUACAUUACUUAUUCAAUCACUUUAAUAGUGUUGUACUCACGUGGAAAUUCAUAUCUUUUAAGCCUAUGGGUUCCUUUCUCCAAUAAAUUCUUACAAUUCAUCUAUUUCUAUGCAUUACUAGUCUUUACUACAUAUUCUAGUUUAAAGACAGGUGAAAUUGGAAUGGAUCUAUGGAAAUCAUUACCACCAUUAUUUGUAUCGAUUUGUUCGCCAAACACUAAGAUUCGUGAAAUUAAAGAAAUGAGAGCUUUGUUGAGUCGUGAAAUUACUGAUGUUUGUAACGAUUUAGGCCCAACUGUAUUCCCAGAUUUCGAAAAAUUCUCUACAUCAAAUAUCAUGAAGACUGAUACCGUUGAAGAUUCAGCUAUCAUUCAAGAAAUUAAUGAGACAUUAAAGAUUUAUCCAAACCGUAGUAGAUCAGGAUCCGUGGGAUCACAUGUGUCAAAUGGUCUAUCUAGAGUCAACUCAAGAGGUUCAUUGACAGAUAUUCCAAUUUUCAGUGAUGGACGUAUAAAUGAUUCCGAAUCUGUAUUCUCUGGAACUUCUGAUACUGAAUGGUCAGAAGAACCAAGUGUUGUAAGUAAAAAUGUUACCAAAGGUAUGUCCAAGAUUGCAUCACUAGUGAGAGAACAAUGGCAAGAAAACGAACAUGAUAAAGCAGAGUAA